ACCUCUGGUAACUCAGGCAGCUAGCGGGCGGAAUCGUUCAUGCAGCGAUAUUGGCCGUGCAGAGUAGUGCAGUGCAACAGCAACAGCAAAACCGUCUUUGCUUGUGUUAACAAGACCAGGGAAGAGGUGAAAAUGAUCAUCUUACUUCUAGUUAUUGCGGCUGUUAUCUAUCUUUUAUUCUUCUGGAGGAGUCACCCUGCACUCCCGGAGGGCCGUGAGCUGCAUCAAGUGAUGAAGAACACAGCCAACGGCAUUCCAAUCCUCGAUCUGCACGGCAUGGGGGCCCAGCAAGCGUUGCAGUGGACAGAAUACUACAUCCGCAAAUACGGAGCCGGUGCCGCUAGGAUCAUCACCGGGAGAGGCCUGCACAGUCAAGGGGGCAAGCCGGUGCUCAGGAAGGUCGUCAUGGACUUUUGCGUGAGAAAAGGAUAUCAUUUCGACUUUGUUGGUGGUAACGAAGGGUUCCUGAAGGUUCGGUCCUGAGGUUGAUUAUGGGAUGGUCAGUGUUAUGUUUGUUAUUUAGUUCACUGUGAAAAGUACAGGUCGGAGGUGAAAUAAGAAUUCAUAACACAACAAUGCAAAAAAAUGUAACUGACGCGUAUUAAUUAGAAUUUCAGUAAAACCACAUGUAAUCCUGAUAACGAUUUAUCAGAUAUGUACCGUAUCUUUCGUUGUGAAGUUAUUAACCAUCUUUUCUACUUUUGUCUCUAUGUAUUUCUGCCAGAUAUGUAUAAUUAGCAGGGUUUGGAAAAAUCAUUUCUCAUUUUCUCCUGAAGUAGUUUCAAUAAAGAAUUUUAAAAGUUUGAAAA